CUGGGACCACACACAUGGUAAUGGCACCUAAGUCUUCAGACUGACUGAUCUCAUCAUCUUCUCCACUUCCAUCAUCAUCAAACGGCUCACAAUAAAAAAUGGCACUCCAACGGCUGACUUUCCCCUGCACCCGCCUGCACCCUAUCAUUUCCGGCAUCUCCCAGCCAGUGAGUGAGUCCCAAAUUUAUAAAAAAAAAAAACGCUUUCUUUUUUCCUUUUCUUUUUCAGACCUCUCUUUCCUUUUUCCUGUUCUUCCUCUGUUCUCUUCUCUCACUUCUCUCUGAGCUAACGAGAGAGAGAGAGAUUCUUCUUCUCUGUGCAUUACACUUCCAGCCAAGCCACAACAACAACACCAAAGCGCAUUCCUCGUGACCAACUCUUCCUUCUCCCCUCUCUCUCUCUGUUUCAGACAACACAACCCUCGCUGUUCUGAUUUCCCUCGCCUUUCCCCCCUUCCCCUGCUUCAAGCUGGUGACCAGCAGCAGAGUUCGCCGGGAGCAGAGGAAAGGAUGACGUCCGACGGGGCGACGUCGGCGGCUGCGGCGGCAGCUGCCGCAGCGGCGAGGAGGAAGCCGUCCUGGAGGGAGAGGGAGAACAACAGGAGGAGAGAGCGGCGGCGAAGGGCUAUCGCUGCGAAGAUCUUCACUGGGCUCAGGGCUCAGGGGAACUUCAAUUUGCCCAAGCACUGCGACAACAAUGAGGUCUUGAAGGCUCUCUGCCAGGAAGCUGGAUGGGUCGUUGAAGAAGACGGCACUACUUAUCGCAAGGGAUGCAGGCCUCCGCCACUUGACAUAGUAGGAACUUCAACGAGAGUAACUCCAUACUCAUCUCAAAACCCAAGUCCAAUGUCAUCUUCAUUCCCAAGCCCCAUUCCAUCCUACCAAGUCAGCCCUUCAUCUUCAUCCUUCCCAAGUCCAACCAGAACCGAAAAUAACAACCACACACCAUCUUCCUCCUCCAUGUUCCCUUUCCUAAGAAACUCCAUUCCUUCAUCUCUCCCGCCACUCCGAAUCUCCAACAGCGCCCCGGUCACCCCACCACUGUCCUCCCCGACUUCCCGAAACCCCAAGCCUACGAUCCCCACCUGGGAGUCCAUCAUGGCAAGGCAAUCCAUGGCAUCAUCAUUCAGCUACCCGUUCUAUGCUGCCUCUGCACCAGCCAGCCCGACUCAUCGGCAGUUCCAUGCUGCCCCGCCGGCUACUAUACCCGAGUGUGAUGAAGUGUCCGAUACUUCGACGGUUGAAUCGGGGCAAUGGAUCAGCUUCCAGAAGUUUGCCCCUGCCUUGGCUGCUGCAAUGCCAACAUCACCAACUUACAACCUCGUGAAGCCGCCGGUGGUCCAGCAGAGUCUUUCUCACGACACGAUCAUGGUCGAGAACGGGAGGGCGAUGAUGGAGUUCGAGUUUGGGAAUGGCGAGCAGGUGAAGCCUUGGGAAGGUGAGAGGAUCACUGAGGUAGGGUUGGAUGAUCUUGAGCUCACUCUUGGGAAUGGGAAAGCCAGAGGUUAAGUGAAAGAUAAAAUGCCGGUUGUCUCAGUUCUUGGUUUCCAAAGAGGAUAACAACUGCAAUACAGAGAGAGACCUACGAAGAACAAAUGCAUCAUACUCGGGAACCAAAUCCUUGGGGAGGUUCUGAUUGAAGAACUGAACUUUUCUUAUCUAUGAGUUUCUUCUUCUCCAUGGUUUACAUUUAGUUUCCUGUCUUCUGGUUUAGUGCUUUUUCUUCCUCUUUUUAUCGUUUUUGAUGGUGAUGGAAUUGGUUUGGGGAUGAUCUAAAUCUUUAUUACAAGCAUAUUACUUGUAGAUAUUGUGGGUUGGGAAAUUACUAUGAAUCUAUGAUGAUCAUGGUGGGGGGAAUUGGAGGAGUUACUGUUACUCCCUCUCUUUGUAGACCUUUUUUUUUUACUUUGUAGACUGAUGAAUCCAGAAAUGAGGGGGAAAAAAGAACAACCCUUUCGAGUCUAUCAUGAGAUGAUUAGUUUGCUGUUCUUGAUUACCUUUAGCUUCAUUUCUCUGUGCCACAAAUUUUGUUGUUGAGGAUGACAGUGUUGCUGUUGCUAUUUCCUUGUCGUGUUCUUCAGUAUAAUGAUAUGAUAGUUUUCCACCUUUCUGUUUCAUGCUGAUAAGCUCCUGAUGUCAUUCGAUCCAAGUUGCCAAUUGGAAGAAAACUGCUUCAUUGGUUUGCUCUGAAUUGGUUUUAAAAAUGUUAGGCACCGUCAGCUAUUUGUUUGUUUACAAAUCUGUAGCAAACAGCUUCAUCUUAGCUUGAACUGACAGUAGCAUACACCUG